AUGGAUAUUUUCGCUGCAGAUGAUGCUGAUAAUUAUGGCAUAGAAUUUAUAGUACCAACUUCUACAAGCACAAGCACAAAAAUAUUUCUAACAAACGCUAGCCCUACUAUAAAUGUUCAUGUUAAAGUUUAUGACAGUGAUGGGACCCUAAAAGAAGAACCUGUUGUUUCUACUUCAAGUACAUCGAUGAUUACGACCGCUCCAAGUAAAGUAUUAUUCAUUAGAGCUACAGCUGAAAUUUCAGUUUACGCAGUACAUUACGGCAGUCCAAACGUUUAUGGCUAUUCUGUUAUUCCCGUUGAUGUCCUUGGUCCUAAUUACCACGUGUUACCCAAUGAGAGUCGCUGGAUCGGAGGAGAUGUACGUCCUAUUCAUUCGCAGAAUAUUUCUUCACAUAAGACUGUUAUAGAGACAAAACCUUAUAAAGUAACUUCAGCAGAUCAAUACCUGUUCCAAGAAGGUCGUCCACGCGCUGUGUUUUGCGGUACAAGCAAUUAUUUGGUUCAGAUUCCACCUCGCGAGAGUCUGGGAACUCAGCAUUUCAUUCCUGAAAUAGACAUUGCAUUCGACGAAGAGGCAGAGAUCCGUCUAGUCGCCAGUGAGGACAGUACAGUUGUAACAAUACGCGGGAAUUAUGAUAAUCUAGACACAAUCGAACUUAAUGGGAAUGGGUAUACACGGAAAGUCGUUCCAGAUAUGGUUUACAACAUUUCAUCAACGAAACCUAUUUUAGUGCUACUCCAGAUAAAAGAUUAUCUCUGGACGUCUGUUAUUGCUAUCCCUCCAGUGAGACAAUAUAAAACAGAGCACCAUUUUCAUAACUUGUAUGUCGACCAGACGUUUCAACCACAAUCAAGAAAUGCGAUUGAUGAAAAUGGUGCAGUUAUCCCUCAGGUACUAAUCUUGCCUGCUGCCAAUACAAUUUCACAACCCGGUCCAAGUAAAACGUUUGUUCUAGACUUAUACUUUACUGUUGAAAUGACGUCUCCAGGCAAACUGUUUGUUCCCGGAAAUGUGAUGUACACUAGUAAGAAGGUGUGCACAAUAACUAAAGGUGUACCGGGUGACAACAUUGACAACGAUUGUGAUGGUCUUGUUGACGAGGAACAGUGUACGGUCGAUAUUAUACCUGGUGAAAUAGACGCUGACAUAGAUGGCGCUCUGAAUGAAGACUGUGCAAAUGGGACAACUCCAAAGCCUGUGACGUCAUUUAAACUUCCACUAUCUGAGGAAACAAUCGAUUGCCCAACUACUAGUUCUACUACUGAGGAACCCACAAAUACCGAAGGAAAUGCUGCAGAUAAUAGGCCUAGAAUUGUUAUAGACAAUGGUGUUUCACAUGAUAUUAAUCCGCCGACAUCUUUCCCGCCAAAAGCCAUCCAGUAUGGCGAAGGACCUUCUUACACACCGUUAGCAAGUUCUGGAGGAAGUAUCAACAUGUUUAGUUCAUCCUCAACUACGCCAAGCCCAGGAUCAACUGCAGGUAUUUAA